AUGUCGCAGGUCCAUGGAAUUCAGCAGUUAUACCUUCCAGAAGGGGAGCCUACAAUCGACAUUGUCGCAGUCCAUGGCCUCAACGGAGCGACCCAAACUUUCUGCCUAAAAUAUCUCACGACGGCUCGCAUCUUGACGUGGGGUUAUAAUGCAAAUGUUACGGAUUUUUCAGGAACAACAUCUUCAGAUCGAAUAUUGCAGCACGCGCACACCCUAAUAGCACAGCUAUGGGCAGACAGAGAGCUCGAGAAUGCAGCAGAAAGACCGAUUAUCUUUCUUUGCCACUCAUUGGGUGGUAUCAUAGUGAAGAGAGCCCUAGCAUAUUCCCAUAGUCGUACAGCUCACAAUAUCGCACAUCUUCAUUCUAUCUACACUUGCACCGUCGCUGGCAGCCUCUUCAAACUUACCGCCCCGAUCCCCAAGAAAAUACUUCGCAGUAAUUCUAGCCUAGUGCAUGCGCUCGAACCGGAAUCUGAGAUCCUACAAAAUAUCACCGAUCAAUUUGCUCCGCUCAUGUCUAAGUUUCACAACACUAAGAGAUCAGGUAUCGCUGCCGAUCACAGGGGAAUGUGCAAGUUUGAGGACAGCACGUGUCAGGGCUUUCGAACGGUGGUUUCCGCUCUGCGGAGGUACAGUAAGGAAGCGCCCCAAGUUGUGAAGGCAAGGACAAAGAAAGCCUCAAUCGAUAUGGACAGCCAAAGAUGUGAUGAGGCUGCAGAGCUUCUAAGAGCUGUUCAGUAUUUCCCGAUGGGUACCUUCCCCCUUUCCGCAAUCUCCAGCUUCCGUCAAGAUAAAGCCUUGCUUCUUCCGCUGUCAUGUGUCGUCGAGCCCGCCGAAUAG